GAGAGAACGAGAGACAAAGAACGAGAGCGAGGGAGACGCGGAUCGCAAUUUAAUUCAAUCAGUAUCAACAACAAGUAGCAUUGUUGGACGGGGGCCAAACCGAGCGCAUUCUACAGUCAGAUACGAGGAUCGACGGAUCAUACAAAAUGCUCAGUCCCUGGCUUAUCCAGUGCAAGAUCAAAACAUUUGCUCUGUUCUGUCUGCUGAUAUUGAGUGAUCUCAGUCAGGUGGAAUCCCAAAGAAGUACUGGGGGACGCAAUGUGCUUCGUCGCAAUUAUACGGGCAAAAAACCAGUUGUCAUUCAGCACAGAUCCCAGGAUGCAGUCAACUAUUAUGAUCAUGAGAAUGGCGCCAAGAUCAUCAAAUCAUCACACUUUGAGCUGGAUUAUACGCUGGGACGCAAGAUCACCUUCUUCUGCAUGGCACAGGGAAAUCCGCGUCCCACAAUCACCUGGUUUAAAGAUGGCGCGGAACUGUACCAGCACCGUUUCUUUCAGGUACACGAGACUCAUCCAGAACCAGAUAUUAUAAAAUCUAAAAUGGAAAUCGAUCCUACAACACAAAUGGAUGCUGGUUAUUAUGAAUGCCAGGCAGAUAAUGAAUAUGCGUUUGAUCGACGAGGCUUUCGGACAGACUAUGCCAUGGUUAAUUUUUAAGAACUUCCCUAAUACACACACAUGUACACCCUUCUGAGCUCUAUACUA